CUCUGGAUGUUUGGCCUUGGACGCGAGCCCUCAGACGCGUCGUUUCAUUCAGGAACCGUUUGUCGCCGGGAUCCAGUGAGUAGCGGAAGACGGUUUCGCGGAUCAUGAGGGUUUUUCGGGAUUGAUCAUUUUUUGAAACCCGUCUUAGGUUAGUUAGUCCUUCGUCAUUAGCACUCACGGUUGUUUUUCUUCACAUCCGUGUUUAGUCGAGCGACGCUUGUUUCCGUGUAUCUCAAACUGACGGUUGAGGUAUUUUCAGCUUUUGUUGACACUUGUUUUUGAAGGUCGGUAAAAUUGUGAUUUUUGGCUGGCCUAACACUUAAUAUCGCUCGCAGAGAGACCCUUUUCCUUUUUGUUUGCUCAUUCUCUAUGACUGUUAAGGAACAAAUGAAUUGUUUUAAAACUCUCGCUCAUUCGGUUGGGAAGCAAAUAUAAAUGUAAGUGAGCUCCAUGUUAGUCUCCCCGAGAAGACUUCAAAUCCUUCAUAAAUCCUCCUCAAGUACCUGCUGUUUAUUUUCAACUGGAGACUUCAAAACAAGUUUUUUUCCCCCUCCACAUGUGGACUGAUGUUGGGCUUCAACUUGUUGAUCUCUGUCUGCGUGGCUAGUUCAGGCUAGCUGGCAACACUGAUUUGAUUACUUCUGUCAGAACAGACGAAUAGCCUCUAACGACAAGCUUAUAAAUGCUUGUCAACCACUGAAAACGAUUCUGCAUUUACAUUUCCCCCUUUGGCCCUGUUUUUGAGAAUCCCUGGGUGAAAAUGUCAACCCGGCCUCAAGGAGUAGGUGUUAUAGAGAAUUCAUCCAGCCAGACCCACUCUGAUGCCAAAGGAGGAGGGCGUCCCAGUGUGUCACGUAGUCGGAAUGUGGUGCCGACGGUGGAUGAAUACCCCCACAUAGGAAAUUACAGACUGCUGAAGACCAUCGGCAAGGGCAACUUUGCCAAGGUUAAACUGGCCCGACAUGUCCUCACUUCUAAAGAGGUAGCAGUGAAAAUCAUAGACAAGACACAACUCAACUCUUCUAGUCUACAAAAACUCUUCCGAGAAGUGAGAAUCAUGAAGUUUCUGAAUCACCCAAACAUUGUGAAGUUAUUUGAGGUGAUUGAGACAGACAAGACGCUGUAUUUAGUCAUGGAAUAUGCCAGUGGAGGAGAGGUUUUUGAUUACCUUGUUGCUCACGGGAGGAUGAAAGAAAAGGAAGCGCGUGCCAAGUUUAGACAGAUUGUCUCAGCUGUGCAGUAUUGCCAUCAGAAGUGUAUUGUACACCGAGAUCUUAAGGCUGAGAAUCUUUUACUGGAUGCUGACAUGAACAUAAAGAUCGCUGACUUUGGUUUCAGUAACGAGUUUACGGUGGGCAAUAAACUGGACACGUUUUGCGGGAGCCCACCGUAUGCCGCCCCUGAACUCUUCCAGGGCAAAAAGUAUGACGGUCCAGAGGUGGAUGUGUGGAGUCUAGGGGUCAUACUUUACACGCUGGUCAGUGGCUCGCUGCCUUUUGAUGGACAGAACCUGAAGGAGUUGCGAGAGCGUGUUUUAAGAGGGAAAUAUAGGAUUCCCUUCUACAUGUCCACAGACUGUGAGAACCUGCUGAAGAAGUUUCUCAUCCUCAAUCCUACCAAGAGGGGAAGUUUGGAGCAGCAGAUCAUGAAGGAUCGCUGGAUGAAUGUAGGUCAUGAAGAUGAUGAUCUGAAGCCUUACAUUGAGCCCCAACCUGACUACAAAAACCCCAGGAGAACAGACAUAAUGCUUCAGAUGGGUUUCAGUCAAGAGGAAAUUGAGGAAUCUCUCAUCAAACAAAAAUACAAUGAAGUCAUGGCAACCUACCUGCUGCUUGACUAUAGGAAUUCAGAGCUUGACGAGGGUGUCAACUUGUCGCUAAAGCCACGCCCAGGAAGUGACCUCACUAACAGCAAUGGCCCUUCUCCACCUCAUAUGGUACAGCGCAGUGUGUCAUCCACUCAGAAACCGGUCAGAAGAUCAACAGAUCAGGGCUCAUACUCGAAACGGCCUCAGGGAGAAAACAAGCAUAGAGUGGAGGAUUCUGGGAGGAAAGGUUCAAGUAGCUCCACCAAAGUUCCACCCAGUCCAGUUACCUCCAGCGAACGCAAAAAGAGUUCCACACACUCUACUAAUAGUAUCCUGUCCACGGGCACAAGCCGCAGCAGAAAUUCCCCCGUUUCUGAGAGAGACACUCUAGGAGUGCAAAACGGCAAGGACAGCCUAAACACGCCCGGGUCCCGUGCCUCCACGGCCUCGGCCGGCGCCGUGCUCUCCUCAUCCUCUUCCUCACGCACCCGCCAUCACAAGUCCCUCUCUACCUCCGCCCAUCCCUGCCCCGCAGACCUGCACUCACACCGGCCCAGUGAUCCCCCACAGAGAGCACCUGGUGCUUCCCCAUCAGCCCACAAUAUCAGCAGCGCAGCUGGGACGGACCGUACCAAUUUCCCUAGAGGGGUGCCCACCCGCAACACCUUCCACCUCGGCCAGCAGCGAGGUGCACGGGACCAACAGGGUUCUCCUUACCACGGAGCCCCCGCCUCCCCUUCUCUCUCCCACGACAACAGCCAACAACGACGACCCGCGGCUUCCGGCAUCUUCAGCAAGUUCACCUCCAAGUUUGUGCGCAGAAAUCUGUCACUCAGAUUCCCCAGAAGGAGCCCCUAUGAGGGAGAGGGUCAAGAGGAGGGGAUCAGAUCUAUGCUCAGCAGCGCAGAGAAGUCGGAGAAGACCAGCGUAGGGCCGGAAGACGACAACAAAGACUCCUCCCCCGGGGGCGGGACUACUCCGGCCGCUCCCGUGUCCUCACUUAGAGACCAGGCGAAGCCUCGCUCACUCCGCUUCACCUGGAGCAUGAAGACCACGUCUUCCAUGGAGCCCGGUGAGAUGAUGAAGGAGAUUCGGAAGGUUCUCGACGCCAACAGCUGCGAGUACGAGCUGCGCGAGUGCUACAUGCUGCUGUGCAUGGCUGGUAACCCCGCCCGCGACGACUUCGUCCAAUGGGAGAUGGAGGUGUGCAAGCUGCCCCGCCUCUCGCUUAACGGCGUGCGCUUCAAGAGGAUAUCCGGGACGUCUAUUUCCUUCAAAAACAUCGCCUCCAAAAUCGCCAACGAGCUGAAACUGUGAGAGGAGAAAGAGAUGAGAAAAGUAGCAUAUUAAAGAGUCUCUGAACAGGGAUGAGUGAGGAUCGUAUUGCUCAAACACAACCUGCUGGUAUGGCUAGGUACACAGAGAGGUAUAAGAUCAGAUUCAUACAAACGGAGGGGAAAAGUAGCACACUGGCCCUUCAUUGAGGAGUUUUGGAAGAGUAAUCUCUGCAGGUUCUUGGUUCAUUGUCCUGAACAUGUUCAAUUCAGAAAGGUGACAAAUGAAUUUUGAACUCAUUUCGUUCUCUUUGUACACUCGCACACAAACACACCUAUUGCCUAUUGAAAGGGAUAGAGCUUAAAACGCCAAACUUGUAAGAUGGGUGGCCCUAAAUAUUCACAGGGUAGAGGUGGGCAGUUUAGGACAGAAGUGAAGUUUGUGCCCCCUUAAGAGAGACACUCUCUCUCUCUCUCUCUCUCUCUCUCUCUCUCUCUGUGUUUAUUUCUUCCUCUUCUUCUAUCGACAGGGUUACGCUUCACCGUUGUUCAGUAAGAGCCAGAAUUUGAUCAAUACUGAGAGGAUUGUAAAUUCUGGUUAAGGUGAUUUUAAUACUUAAUCGGCUGGGUUUAGAUUUGCUGCACUGGAAUGGGUGAAUUUCUGUUGCCUUUUUUAUUUUCUUAUAGAAAUUAAAUGUUUCAUUGUUGUAUUUACCAAUGAUUAUGUUUUAAUAUUAUUCCUAGGAAAAACAAAUUCUUUUUUUUUUUUUUUGUGGUCUCGUGUUAUUGAUCGCGCUAUGCCUUUGUAUAAAGAAUGUCUGAAAAAGCACCACAUGACUCCCACUGAACCUUUCACACACUCGCCCCGCUUUGUCGCAAAGGAUUAUGGGGCAGCAAGUACUCUCCUCACACUUAAAACAAAAAAAGUCACUGGAAAAGACAUUAAAGGACUCAAUCUUUGCAACUAAUCAUUCCCAUGCCAUUUUCGUGACUAAAGAACUGAUGUCGAGCUCUUCUCUGCAUCCAACACCUUUUCAUGGUUCUAGCCAAGAACUUUCCACCUCGGUCUCAUCUGCGGGUGGCUUUUUGACGUUAUGCAUUUGGUAGUACACUCUUUAUGAAAACGUGUCGUGAUUGAAUGUGUAUGUGUGUGUGAGAGAUGAUGGAGUGUCAUAUCUGAAUAACCAAAAUGCUCGCUUCGUUUCAUAUUCAAUGCAGAGACUAUUAAUACGUAGCCUUGAGACAACAAGUACCUGCCAUGAAGAGUCAAAUACUGGCAUUCUGUUAAUUCCAAUAUUUUGUUGGCAUUAUCAUUUUCACUAUUGAAAUCAGUUCGGAUGUCAUUCUCACACAAGCAGAUCAGUAAUUCGAGCAGAUGGGAACCAACCUGCAGAUAUGUCUGCGUAAAAGAGAGAGCAAACGGUGUGUUUCCAUCCAUUUCUGCUGAGCUGUACAUGCUUGCAUGCAUCCUCUAGUUGACAUCGGACGCACUGUCACCUCUGUUGUGGUGUAAAGAGGAAGGGGGUUGGGAUCAGAUCUCCUUAAAAAGUCUGUCACCAGCUUUGGGGGACAACUGUGCACAUGUGUGUUUUAUACCUUCAUAGAAAAUAACGAUUAUCUUUUUUUUUUGUCAUGUACUUUGCUGUUCUCACAAAUGAUCAUUUGUUCAAGGUGCUGGGAUCCAAUUAUCUUAAGUAUGGUUUAUUUUUCUUCAGGGUUGAUUGUUUUUAUUCACACAAGUUUUUCGUUGCUGUAAUUUUAUUAUUUGUGUCAGACUCUUUGCUGUUGGGUUAGGGGGGUUUGCAUAGAAAUACACCAAAUGUUUUUUUUUUAUUUUUGUGCAAAGAUGAUUAUGAUCAAUGAUAGUAAUAAAACAAUUAAAUUCAA